ACGGGCUUAAUGUCGGCGUUCGCGGAAGGACGCGUCGUGCGCGCGUUUGUUUGUGAGCAUUUAUUUAUUUCAUUAAUGUGGCUUUUUAAUUGAGAUGGCCGCGAGAGAGAAGGCGACUGAAAAUGGUUGCGCGUUUUAUCACGCGAGGAAAUUCCUCUCCACAGACGCUCAUCUGAUGUCCUGCAAAUGCAUCCCGCCAAGAAACUUUACACACACACUCACACACACACACACAUAUAUGGAAAUUCUAUAAGGCGCCAUUGCUUUCCAUUAUUUAGCGCUGGCACAGAUUUGGGUGCUAUUAGACGGGUGACGGAAUGAGACCAGCCCCCUGAACUGACGCGACAGUUUGACGGAUAAAGAGGGCAGAGCAGCGCAGAGAUGUGGUGGAAGCCCUGUAAACAACUUUUACAAGCAGAUCUGCUCCUGCUCGUCUUGAUAACCUGCACGGACAGCACAUCUGGAUGAGAUGUUGCAGGGGCUUCAGAAUUUGACCUGGCACCUGGCUAAUUCAGCCACAGAUUUCCAGAUCGGGGACUGUUGGAGGUGGUCAGGCAAAUUGCCACCAUCAGAACACACCCUCUUUAAGUCAAGGAAGUGAAGCAUGGCAUAGACACAUCACCAAGAAUGGAUUCUCCACCAGAGAGUAUGCUGGCUCUUUCCUGUGAGCCCCCAUUGUCUCCUCCCUCCAUGCCGUCCCUGGACCACAGUCCCCAAUUCCUACCCCAGAGUCUUCAAUCUACCCCUUCUAGCCCUCAAACUGAACUCUAUGCCCCGGUCUCACCUUGCCCCCUUCCGGAGGCCAGCCUCCAAGAUGAGGAGGAGGAGGAAGAGGAGCUGUCAACUCCCCCAUCACCCACCCCAGCGGUGGCGCUGUUUCCUGGUGAACUGGAGCUUGGCAGUCCCUCAUCGGAGAGCAGCCCCCCAGCCACACCAUUAACACCUUUUCCUGGUUUUGGAGCUCUGGAGCAGGCCAUCUCCUCUGGUCAAAGUACCACCUGUGAUGAUGAGUUGGAUCUUCAACUUUUCAACAAUGAGGGCAUGGCUGUGCCCGGAGGGACAAGCUCUGGGCCUGGCCUAAGGUUCCCGUGCCAUGUGUGUGGAAAGAGGUUCCGCUUCCAGAGUAUUUUGUCCCUGCAUGCUCGAGCUCACAGUUUAGACCGGGAGCGUCGAGCUUCAGCUCCCUACCGAACCACACAUGCCAAACUGCAGCAGAACCAUGUGGGUGACAGUGUAAUCCAGAAUCUCAACAACAGAGAGCCUGGUCUGAAACUGAGUCCAUUAUCUGGGUCAUUACAAAAGAGUAUGGAUGAGGACAUGGUUCCAGAGGAACCUCUUCAAACUGCUAGCAGCCCACAUUUCCUCUUUGAAGGAACCACAGCCCUGACCCCACCUCUAACAGAGGAAGCACCAAUCUCAACUUCCUUCUCUCCACUUGGCCAUGCCCACUUGGAAGACAACACCCCCUCCACAGCUGCUUCUGCCUUCCGGUGUCAUGCUUGUAAGGGUAAGUUCCGUACAGCUUCAGAGCUGGCACGUCAUGUGCGGAUCCUCCACAACCCCUACAAAUGUACAAUGUGUCCCUUCUCAGCCAGUCAGGAGGAAAGCCUGGCUGCCCAUCUGCAGGAGAGCCACCCACCUGAAGAUCCUGCCACUGAAACAGUUUUUCCUCCUCACCCUAUAACAGCACCAACAGAGACUCCUCCCUCACAAAUGCCAGUUCUUCCAGCUUUCCGAUGCGAGACGUGCGGGCAGCGUUUUACUCAGUCCUGGUUUUUGAAGGGGCACAUGCGGAAGCACAAGGACUCAUUGGAUCACAAGUGCCAGGUGUGUGGCCGUGGCUUCAAGGAACCCUGGUUCCUAAAGAAUCAUAUGAAGGUGCAUCUCAACAAGCUGGGCCUCAAAGCUGGAUUGGGAAAUCUGGGGCCGGCUGGAAAUGAGCAAUCCAAAGGUCCUGCAAGCACACAAGUGCUGGGGGCCCUGUAUUCCAACUUGCUCCUGGCUCGCACUAUGACUGGUGGCUGUGGUUCAGGAAGUCGCACAGAGAGGUCAAAUGCCAGUGCAGGCUCAAGCAAAUCCUCUUUAUUGGGUUAUCUGGGCUUACCUAAAGAUGCCAGCAAUGGAAGUUGCAUGGAGCGCCUUCAGGCAGUGGCACAGGUUGCAGAAAUGGGUAAUGGUGGAGGACGGGGAGGUGAAGCAGCGGACGGAGCGGACCAGGCAGCCAUGUGGCAGCUGGUUGCUCGCAGUCUGAUGGCAGCACAGCACAACCAACAGCAACAGCAGCAGCGAUCUCAUUCGCACCAUCAGCUUCCUUCCUCACGAGGCACAGUUUCUGGGGAAGCCAAGGAGUUGAGGACCUACCUGGGUGGGCUGGGUUCUAGAGAGGAACUGGAGGGAUCUAGUCCACCUUGGGAGUGUCCAGAUUGCGGCAAGCUGUUCAGAAGCCUUCAGCAGGUGGUUGCUCACGCCCGUGUCCAUGUCCAGAAACCACAGAAAGGUCAAAGUCCCCGAGGAGGCAUGUCCAGGGAAGAGGACAUUAUAAACAGAGUGAGUGGAGCUCAGGCAACAGGUGGAAUAGGAGGAGGACAAAGAACUAGUGACAAUGAAGGAAGGCAGGAGGGAAAGCAACUACCAUCAGAAGACGAGACAGCUGGGAGCUUCCAUUCUGUCAUAUCACAUCUUUCUGGUCAGAAUGGUCUGAGGGGAUCAUCCUCUUCCACUUCAUCUCCAAGGGAGCGUGUUCGGGGAACAGGGAUAAAGGAUUGCCCCUACUGUGGUAAAGCCUUCCGGUCUUCCCAUCACCUUAAAGUGCACCUUCGUGUACACACAGGUGAGAGACCAUACAAAUGCCCACACUGUGAUUAUGCUGGCACCCAGUCUGGCUCUCUCAAGUACCACCUUCAACGUCAUCAUCGUGAGCAAAGGAACGCUAUGGCAACCACCACACAUUCCCCACCACCGAGCCUCCCCUCUCUGACUGGCUCUCCUCAUGAAGUGGUGAAAAAGCGCCGUCACUCCUCCAUGUCCCAGUCUUCUUUUGGGAGGGAUCCUGGAGAGGCUCCUUCUUCAAGGCACAGUCGGUCAUGGGCUGCAAGCCCGCCAGAGAAGAAGGAGGGCACUACUGCAUCUGGACAUCAAAGAGAGGGAGACGUAGAGAGUCAGUAUCACAGUCUGUCGGGGAUGAUGGGUACUUUCUUUGCCGGUGGUCUAGAACCAAGUUGGAUUGGGGAGGUGCCACCUCCGAAAAUGCCCAAAGUGUCUCGACGGAAACCCCUUACUACAAGCCGCAUGAUGUCAGCGAAUGGCUACCAGGGCGGGAUAAAGUCCAGUGGGUCCCAGGAAGGAGGGUUUGAACCUCUGGACCUUUCCCGCCGCCCUUUACAAGAUGAAGGGGGAGUGAGUAGUUCUAUAGGUGGACCAUCAGGUGGCUCUAAAGGAGGGAAUGACAUCCUCAAUCAAUGUGUCUUCUGUCCCUUCCGGACUUCUUCUGUUGAGCUUAUGGCCAUGCACCUUCAGGUUAAUCACACCAGCAAGUCUCGUCGCAAGAGAGGAGCCCCUCUCGCAUCCAAUCAUUCUCCAAGACUAACUUUGGCCAGGCCGGACUGCGAUCCGCUGGCUCUGUGGAAGUUCCUCGGUGCAGAGGACGGAGUAGCAUCUCCUGAGGAUUGGGUCUUGUCAAAGACAAGAGCUGAGAAUGGAGUCAGCCCAGAGAACAGGGACACAGAGGACAGUUUUGAACUGGCCCCUGGACCUGUGGGAAGCAUUGGUAAGAAGGGGCUUAAAAUGAGAGAGGAGCUGGACGAGGAAGAUGAGCAAGUCGAUGAGGAGGAGGAUGACCUGGAAGCAAAUGGCAGCUUUGGAAAUGCACCCCAGAAUCAGAGCAGAAGGGCUGGGUCUGUUUCAUCAGACCUCACGGCUGAGGAUCUGCUCAAGGAGGAGGAAGGUGUCUUGGGGAAAUAACAUCAAACAAGAACCCUGGAUGAGUUUGGACUCGUGUUGUUAAAAGUACCAACAUUGGUACCAGUCAGUACUGAAGUUUUAAAAAUGUUGAUUUCCCGCUAACGUUUGAGUGCUGAUGAGCCGAUUCUUGGCCAUUGUGUUCAAACGCGCUCAACAGAUAUGAUUGGCUACAAAGAUCAUCGCUGAACACAAUGGCCAGUCAGUGCUGUUUAAGAAUCAGCUCAAUAGCACUCAAAUGUUAGCGGGAAAUGGAUAUUUUUAACAUUUCAGUACCGACAGGUACCGGAGUCGGUACUUUUGACAACGCUAGUUUGGACAUAGCGGCAGGGGAGAGAUAUUUGGGAAAUAGUUGUCCAGAGUCCCUCGUACAACCCUGUUGAAUAAAAAAACAGCAUUUUCAGUUAGGUAUGGUGGCUAGUUUGAGCUGAGCUAAGCUGGUCCUUAGUUGGUCCUGAGCUGGUUUAAGCUGGUCAUGUUCUGGUCCAAAGCAACUAGCUCCAGCUCGGGACCAGUUUAAUCCAGCUCCUGACCAACUAAGGACCAGCAUAAACCAGCUGCUAUGCUUCAAAACAUACCUAACCAACAUAUGCUGGUUUUUCAACGGGGAAUUCAAACCAAGGGCAGACCAGUCGCUAUGCUAACAUUCUGUACAAUAUCAGUAAACAGAUAACCUGCAAAAGUAUUUAAAUCAAACAUUCCCCUUAAUAUAUCCUCCUAGCCCCCUUGGUUAGUGAUCAAUUACCUCUACAUACACACACAGACUCUUAAUCACACAGAGAUAUCCAGUAUUGUAUGCUAGUCUAAGCCUGCCUGUCUUUGGGCCUUCUUGAACACUGUUCUCUUGUUCCUGUCUUCUCGUCAGUGAACACAAUUGCCAAGUUGUAUUUAAUUUACGAUUUCCUUGCUCCUGUAAAUCUUGCUCUCAUCUCAACGAGGACCUGGAAUGUCAAUCUGGGGAGCCGGAAAAACA